CGACAAACAUAAUCCUUCCUCCCACCAGCAGCAUCAUCAUGGUCUGGGACAUGGUCUAGGCGGCAACGUACUGCAAGAAGUGGUACGAGGCGAACAAAGAGAAGCGCAGAUCAAAGCGUACCAGCAGCAACACAAGGAGCAGGAGCUCAAGUACUUGCGCACGAACAAAUUGCGGCACCACGACAAGUAAAUAGGGUGCGAUGGAAUCUCAACAAGGACGUGUUGGCAGCCAGACGAAAGGUCUAUCGAGGCUCGCGAGGCGAGGAAGGCGCGGGACAAGGAGUACAGACUACGUCGGAAGGCAGAGAAAGCGCGCGUCGGCGAUGAAGAGAACGAUGAGCGAACGACGACGUAGUACCAACGACUCGACCGAUUGCAACGAAAAAAUUCAAUCAAUUGGCGGACGCCCGAAAGAAGACGCUGCUCGGAGUCUCGUGGCAUUGCAUGAAGUGUCCCCCGCGUCGAGCGAAGUUCAAUAUAUUUGGACGUUUCUCUGGGGUUUCAACAAGCAAGUGACAAUGCCUGUAAUGGUUGUAGUACGCUUACUAGUAUGCUUAUACGAUGUUGACGAUGCGGAUAUAUGUGACUAGUCAUGC